AUGUCACCGUCAGGAUUCGACACCCUCCUCCUCCGUAACAUCAACUUCCCAUUCCCGAUCAGUUUCGGUCCCGAUGCGUGGGGUCGAUUUGGUAAACCACAGCCGGCAACACUAUCGCUUCUCCUUUCAUAUCCUCGUCCUCUCAUCGAGCUGUGCGGCGGCAGCGACGAUGUUUCCUUCACGCUCAGUUACGGCGAACUAUACCGCAAGCUUGAACAAGUCUUAAGGGAUGCCACAAUAGGUGAAGAUGGGCGUAUCUCGAGUAUCAGUUUGGAAGAGUUGGCUUCUACUAUCUGUUCUACUGCUCUUGGGCUGGUAUGGAAAACGAUACCAGGGGGUCCUGUAGGGGCGGGAUGGGAUAUGACGGGCGCCAGAAGCGAUAUUUCAAUACAGCUUCCUAAGGCCAUUCUGAGUGCUGAUAAUGGCCUGACAUAUCGCGUUGUCAAAUGGUUCGUCAAACGGACUGGUAGUCCGGCUAUCAACCAAGCCGCGCAACCAGGUAUUGCUACGAUGAUACGCACAUGCCGUAUUGAUGCCAUACACUGCAACUGUAUUAUCGGAGUGAACCCCCAUGAAAGGGAAACCAAACAGGCGGUUGUGGUUUCCCUGGAGUUUAACGAUGUGAACGAAAAUUUACACCUGCAGGUCAACAUUUUGCAGCCUUUACAGGAGAUAGCACGACGCGUUACUGAUGCGAUCGAAAACUCCAGCUUCAAAACAGUCGAAGCCAUGGCUCAACAGGUCGCGAGCACAACCCUACAAGGUGUUGAAUUUGAUGAAGUGAUUGUGCGCGUCGAAAAGCCCAGCGCGAUGGCCUUUGUGGGGUACUCGGGCGUAGAGAUAAGGCGUGUAAGGCGCGAUUUUCACCAGCCAUAA